UUCACGCCUCAGCAUCUCUAUCUCUCGUGAACUUUCAGAGCUCAGAACCACUGUACAUAGGUAUGUCGAUGUACCCCUCCCCCGAAAAAGAGCGAUUGGUCCAAUUAUUUACUUUAUGAUGAUUUUUUUUUCCACACUCUCAUUACAACCUAUUCCUAAAAUUGACAAUUUAUGAUCCUGGUUUUUUUUUUUUGGCUUUCGUGCAGACUAUCUCAAGAGCUAGAGGCGGAACAGCUUCGUAAUAAUGUGAAGGACCGUGAAAUCCAACAAUUAAAAUAUGAGGUUCAGGUUAAGCAAAAUGCUCCCACGCCCGAAUCUGGCCAUCGUACCGUUACUGCUCCGGCUACUGCCACUACUCCAUCUGAAGCCGCCUUGAUCUCUACCAUGUCUUCCACUGGACCUCUGGACUAUGUAGGAGACGGGGCAUCUGUUAGAUCGUCACUCAGAAAUCGCUGGGCUGCUGAUGAGAAAUCGAUUCCUCAAACUCAAGCACGUAGGCUUUCAUAUGAUCGCCGCGAAGGUCGUGGAUUAUCUAACGGAGAGUAUAGAAGAAUGCUGGAUAAAAACAUCAACGCUGAUUGGAGCAUUAUUGUAGAUAAAAUCAUACAAGAUACGGAUCAACAAGCCUCGAUAUUCUUACAACACAAGCUAAAAUCUGCUACGCCAGAACAGCGCGAAUCUAUCUUCCGUUCCAUUCAAAGGCACUCAUAUGCACUCAUGACCAACCGAUUUGGUAACUUCUUGGUUCAAAGGUUUCUAGAACUGGGCACUAGAGACCAAAUCAACCAGAUUGCUAGUACCAUGCAAGGCCACAUUGUUAGUCUUGCUAUGGAACCCUUCGGUUGUCAUGUGGUCCAAAAGGCGCUGGAUAAUGUAGAGGAGGCUAUCAAGGUCGAAUUGGUUAGCGAACUAUUCCAAAAUAUCCCGGAAACCAUCACUCAUCGAUAUGCAUGUCACGUCUGGCAAAAGGUGUUCGAGAUCCGAUGGAACACGCAUCCUCCAGCUGUGAUGUAUCAUGUCAACAGCGCACUCAAAGGUCGCUGGGCACAGGUUGCUCUAGAUGAGACCGGCAGUCUAGUCAUCCAGAAUAUCUUCGAAAACUUGACUGAGCAUGAUAAGCGUCCAAUCCUUAACGAAGUUCUUGAUAACAUCGUCAUGAUUGCCAAAGGUCAAUGGGGUAACUGGGUGAUUCAGCAUGUCUUGGAACAAGCGGAAAAAGGAAGUGACCGCGAUCGAGCAUUCAACACAGUCCUCGACGAAGCUGUCCAACUCAGUACAGAUCAAUUUGCUAGUAAGGUAGUUGAAAAAGCUUUACGAAUCGGCGGUCCCGCCUUCCUUACAAGAUUUGUCGAUCGAGUCUCGGUUGGGAGAAAAGAUAGACCCCGAAUCCCGUUGAUCGACAUCGCUUCAGACCAAUACGGCAACUAUGUUGUGCAAUGGCUGAUCAUGAACGCUUCGAGCACUGAACUCAAAGUCGCCGUUAGUCGAUUGAUCAAGAGACAUAUGGUAUCUUUGAGAGGUAGUAAAUAUGGCCAGAAAGUAGCAUUUUUAGUCGAAAAGAUCUUGAGAAAUUAUGAUUAGUUAUCAAACAUUUGAACAAACCCUUUAGUCUCUACUCAUCCAAUUGUAACAAAUAGAAGUAUCCAAAAAAUUCAUCACAGGCACUUUACUUUAUCAGAAGGCAAAAAAGAGUAACUUUAUAAAACAGAAAUUCCAAAAAAAAAGAUGAAGCA